AUGGAUGACGUAGCCGUCCGACGGAUCGGCCCAUGCCGGAUCGAAGGAGUAAUAACUGGUUCCGGCUUCUACGGCGGUGAUCGUAUAGUCGCCGAGAUUGCCGGGGAGGCGCAGCGUAUCGGUGCCCUCGCCGCCAAGGGCAGUACCGCCGUAGACUUCGGGGAGCGUGUCGUCGAUCGUCAACCGGUCGUCACCCGCACCGGCGUCGAGGAACCAGCCUCCCGUCAACCGGUCAUUGCCGUCGCCGCUAUGGAGUUCGCCCCGGCCGCUGAGCGUGUCGUCGCCUUCGCCGCCGUACAGCGUCACCAGACGCGGGCCGCCGAUCAGCACGUCAUCGCCCGCGCCGCCAUCGACCUCCAUCGCCUGCCAACCCUGAUAGGGCAGGUUUGCGGCACUCGCGUCGACCCGGUCGUCGCCGCUGCCCAGCAG